AUAAACAAUUGUAAUAUUAUUACAGCAGCGCACUGUUUUACAUUAGGGGCACCAAUCAACAAGAUCUUCCUUGGGAUUCAUUACAGCUAUUUCUCUAACCAUGGCACGAUUUACAGAAGUGGAAGAAAAAAGAAUGCUUUCACCUAUAAUAUUCACAAAGAUGCUGCAUAUAAAACUGACUGGAUACCAGAUAUAGCCUUAAUACGACUCUCAACCCCAUUGAGCUACAGCAGCAAAAUUCAGCCGAUAUGCCUAUCAGAUGAACCGCCAAUGAAAGGAUGGGACAUCACGACUUACGGAUGGGGACACAAUUUACUUUCAAAGAAAGGGAAAAAGCAGAGCACUCUCAAAAAGCGAGCAGAUCAAAUUCAAAGAUGUUCCGAUAUCGAUUGUAUUAUCCGUCCAGAGAUAACAG